CGGUCGGAAAUAAUCUUGAAGGAUGAAGAAAAAUAUCAAGCUCUGCAAUAUCAAUCAGUGGAUGAUGUUCCAGGAUGUAUGCGACUAUUGGAUGAGUUCUUGAUGUGUUAUGCUCUCGUACCCCAGAUCCGGAACAUGUAUCGACAUGGUGAACUACGAGAUUGUUCUCAUAAACUACAAGACUUCAAAUAUUGUCUAUCAUUACGAGGUGAGACGGAGGAUGCUAAGAGACAAUUAUGGAUCAAGAGACGUGCUGCUUGGUGGGCUAGUAGAAGGCUCGAAGGUAGUUCAGAGGAUGUAUGGGAUUUGAGGACAGAAAAACUGGUCAACUUUCCACCUGUU